UAUAGAAUCAUAGACAAGGCAAGAGUAUUUUCAAUAUGAUUUUUUUUCCAAGAAAUUGUGGGUUCAUGGUUACAUGGCAAGUGUCACGUAGGCCCAUGCAAACUUUUAGCAUCUAACACUAGAAAAAUAUUAGAUAACUUUGGCUUGCUCUAGCUUGAUCUAGCUGUCAGGUAGUUAUUCAAGUUUUUCAAUGCCUAGACUAUAUUUAUAGGUUAAAAAAAUUCGUACAAAAUUAAAUUAACUAGCUAAAUUACUAGUAGCUUUAUAUAAAAUUAAUAAUUAAUCAUGAAGUAUAUUGUUAAUAAUUUUUUAAUGGGAAUUUCGACAGUGAUAUUAAUUUUAAUUUUACCAAUAUAUGGAUAUAACAUUCGUAAUGACGUUCCUAAAGCUUGGGAGUGUCACAGAAAUAAUACAAAUUUUGAAGAUUGUUUGAUAGAUGUGUUUCCAGUUGUAAUGAGUCGAUGGUCGUAUGUAAAUAAAUUUUACAAAGGCGGUAAAACUGAAUUGGCAAUUAAAGAUUUUACAAUAAAACCUGAUAAAUUCCAAAGUAAAUGUACUCAUGUUAAAGUUACUGGUAUGGAAAGUGGAUGUACAGUGUCAAAUUUUUAUGCUAAUAUGAGAAAUAAUGUAUUUGAAUUUAAUUCUUAUAAUCCGGAGUUGAGGAUGACAGCAUCAUGUGUUUAUGAAAAAUAUGAUUCUACAUUGAAUGAGGCUAAUGCAAUUGACAUUGAAAUGAUAAUGUAUGAGCCACCAAUUAAACACUCCAUCAGUUAUGGUGUUGAUCCAGUGACACAAAAAAUUUACAUUGGUGAUUGGAAUAUAUUUUUUGAAAGCAACCGGGUUUUUAUUGAUGACACAGAUUCACUUGGUGUUAAAAGAUAUUGUAAUUUUUGUGCAAAAUUAUUUACACCUGAUCGUUACUCAAAAUUGGCAUUUGAAAGAAUUAAAGUAGAACUUGAAAAUGGAAUUGGAAGAGAAUUAAAAAAAAUUGCUAAUCAAGUUAAAGAUAGUACAAAUUUAUAA